GGGAAAGCUUUCUUGAAGUUGGCCAUCAGUCGCACACUUCGGAUAAUUCCACAUUCUGGGGAGCCAAGUUCUUGUAAGCAUUUUUGUCUUUAUUUUGCAGGUAAAUGUCUCUGCAUUUUUUCGGCCUUCUUAUUCAUAUUUGACUACGUGCGCUGAUGAGAUUCAUUGACAGUUAGCGCCUUUUACUGACAAGAUCAAUUCGAUCGAGUACUCAAACGGUUUUUUUUUCCGCUUCCUUUCCUUUUGUUUGUUUUAGCACUGAGGUAUUUAUGUUUGAAACGAAGUUAAUAAAAUGCUUUUCUUCUAAUCUAAGUUUAAAUUUUCUGAUAUUUUUUUUUAGUUCUUUGUAACCUUUGCAAUUUUUUAUUCCUUUGUUCGGCAUGUUAUUAUAACCAAAGAACAAUACCGUACUUCAGCUGGUACUUCCGCUCCCUCGCUCGUAGUUUUCCUGUUUUGCUUUUUUCAUUUUUCAUUUUGCGUGGUCUUAAUGCAAACUAGCAUGUUUUCGAGAGGGGGGCGUUGGGAUUUUCGGUUUUGGCCAUUUUUUAUGUCGGUUUUGUUGUCCGUUGCGGUUUCCGGUUUUUCCGUUUUUUAGCAUUUGGUUUUUCGGUUUUUUGGCAAAAAUAAAGCAGGUUAGAUUCCUCUUUGGGUCUCUGUGCAGUCAGAUGUUGGGUUAUCUUAUAUGUUUCUAUUUUACCUUCAAUUCAGGUCAAACUGCAAUGUGGGAUUCUGGAUUUUUUUAUCAGAGGUUUAAAGCUAUUGUUGAGCCAAGAACCGUUUGGAAGCGAAAAUUGGUAUGA